AGCCUGGAAGUCUCAUCUGACUGCAAACAAACGAGCCAUGUUUAAUGACAAAACUUCCUUAAUUGACAAGGAAUAAUUUUGUAAGAUUAUGAGGAAUAUUUUUUUGACAAACUCAAGUUUUCUAUGUGAUGCCUCACUUUUACGCAACAGGUUCUAAAAGAUAAAUGUGACAGUAUUAACUUCGAUCAAUGUAGGAAAAAGAAGCAUGCUGUCCCCAUUUUGGAACUUUGGCACCAAGCAGGAGAUCAACUCAUGGGAUGUAGUGGAUGCAGAGUCAGGUUCAACUUUGGCAAGGUGCUCUCCAAAGUCUCGGUGUUUUUUACCAUGGUCCUGAUCUUCACCUACUUCUUCUACUGCCUCACUGGAUUCUGUGAUUCGGCUCCUAGGACUUUAUACCGCCAACAAGUAUCAGACUAUGACGCUCUGGACGAUCAUCGCCGCGUUUUGGACGAGCUGCGACUAUCACCCCGUCUACUCCCGGACGCGUACAUUAAGCGGAACCGCACAGCCUCCGCGGACGCAGAGCAGGUGGACACACCGGGACAGUUCCCGCUACACAUAUCGGAGAGCGCAAAAGAGGAGAUCCCACAGAGCAACGGCAUUCCCGUGUCCAACACUUUCGGCAUCAAAAGGUUUCCCCAGGCGAUUAUAAUCGGCGUGAAGAAAGGAGGAACCCGAGCCCUGCUGGAGUUUCUCCGCAUCCACCCGGACGUGAGAGCGGUCGGUGCGGAGCCUCACUUCUUCGACCGGUUUUAUGAUAAAGGACUGGAGUGGUACAGGAACCUGAUGCCUCGGACGCUUGAUGGCCAAAUCACUAUGGAGAAAACACCCAGCUACUUUGUCACAAAAGAGGCUCCUAGCCGUGUCUGCACUAUGAACUGCCAAACCAAGCUCAUUGUGGUGGUCAGAGAUCCCGUGACGCGAGCUGUAUCUGACUACACCCAGACACUGUCCAAGAACCCAGGCCUUCCAUCCUUCCAGAGCCUGGCUUUAAAAAACUCCACCACAGGUCUGAUUGACACCACGUGGAGCGCUGUACGCAUCGGCCUCUACGCCAAACAUCUGGAGAACUGGCUUCAGCACUUCCCCUUGUCUAAUUUUUUGUUUGUUAGUGGUGAGCGACUGGUGUCUGAUCCAGCUGGGGAGAUGGGCCGUGUUCAGGACUUCCUGGGUCUGAAAAGGGUUGUUUCAGACAAACACUUCUACUUCAACCAGACAAAAGGUUUUCCCUGCUUGAAGAAGCCCGAGGGGAGCAGUAGACCUCGCUGCCUUGGGAAGUCUAAGGGCAGACCCCAUCCCCAAAUCCCCUCCGAGGUCCUGCAAAGGCUCAGAGACUUUUACAGGCCCUUCAACCACCGUUUCUACCAGAUGAGUGGACAAGACUUUGGCUGGGACUAAACAGAUGAUUUCUAUCAGAGAAAAUGACAAUUUGACUGUUUAAUGCUCCACAGGAUUAAGGUCCUCAGGGAUGCGGUACAGGAACACAAAGUCCACAGACUAAAUUCUGCCUCAGUGGAUUCAACAAGACAAGCAUCCCAUGAACUGUGACUGUUUCAUUCUAGAGUAGAAGCUGACGUGAACACAGAGCUGCCAAUAAGCAAAUUACACGCAUUGCUUUGUUUUUAAACUAUAAGUUAAGAGCAAGGUGUGUACAAAAGGGGGAAAAAACAUUCCCUUUGAACAUAAUUUUUAUUAUUUUCAAAUAAAAUAAGCUGAUAUUUAUAGUUUCUGUUGAUUUGAAAUACAACAGUAACAAUCGUUUUUAUUGAAAAAAAGUAUUUAUUUUGCGACAAGGCCAGACAUAAAACUGAAUAUGUUUUUAUUGACAUGACAUAGUAAAGAAAAUGUCAUACGCCAUGAUUAACCACUGUGUUUUCUUAAUUAUUAGCAGUGUUACUUUGACUGCAUUUAUAUUUUCAAUACAUUUGCUGUUUCCAAAUGUCCUUUAACAUGUUACAUGUGUUAUGUUGAUGUUGCAGGGUGUUUCUCUGUACAUUACAGUUGAUAUUCCCAUAAUACCUCAUCUGUAAAUAUGAAAUGUGUUAAGAAACCACACAUACAUUAAUUCCAUUUGUAGACAUAUGUAGAUAGUUUCUCCUCAAAGCCACACACAUUUUAAUGGCAUUCGCAGUAACAACUCCGCUGUUGCUUAAAAUAAAAUGCUGUUUUGAUCUGUGAUUAUUUUGAACCAAU